GCUGUGCGACACUCGCACAGAGGAAGCACGCGUGUUGUCAGAACCGGGACCAGCUCUUGUUUUAGUGCCGGUCUCUGCGGGACAGACAGCGGGGACAUGGGGGACCGGAGCCGGCUGUGCUCCGUGUGGCUCGGCUCGGAGACCGGGAUCCUGAAGGGGGUCAGCGUGGCCCGGAAGCAGGCCUUCAACUUCUGCAACACGAGCCACCUGAGCCGGGACCAGGAGCUGCGGGUCCUGGUCUGGGGCGACCCGGCGGAGAGCGAGCUGCUGGCCGGGGCCGUGGACGGGACCGUGAAGACCUUCAGCACCGAGAAGGGCGAGUUCACCGAGAGCCGGACCUGCGGAGACCCGGAGGACGGCUGCUUCACCGGGCUGGCGGCCCGGGGCUCCGGGCUGCUGACCGCCUCGGAGCGGGGCCCGGUGCGGGUCUGGAGGGAGGACUCCACCGAACCGGUCCUGGAGCUGGACGCCGGGAAGAACGUGUGCAGGAUGCGGCUGAGCCCGGUGCACCCGAACCGGGUCGCGACCGGAGGGAAGGAGACCGGCCUGAGGAUCUGGGACCUGGAGCGGCCGGAGGAGCCCACCUUCACCGCCAAGAACCUGAGGGACGACUGGCUGGACCUGAGGAGACCCCACUGGGUCCGGGACCUGGCCUUCAUCCCGGGGGGGGACAAGGUGGUGACGUGCACAGGCUUCCAUCAGAUCCACGUCUUCGACCCCGCCUCCCCUCGGCGCCGGCCCGUCUUCGAGGCGGAGUUCGGCGAGUACCCGCUAACCGCCCUGUCCCUGCCCGCCGCCGGCGACACCGUGGUGGUGGGGAACACGCACGGCGAGGUGGCCAUGCUGGACCUGAGGAAGGGCCUGGUGCGUGGCGUCCUGAAGGGGCUGGCGGGCGGCGUGCGCUGGCUGCAGUGUCACCCGACCCAGCCGCUGGUGGCGUCCUGCGGCCUGGACCGCUUCCUGCGCAUCCACAGCCUGGAGGACCGCACGCUGCUGCACAAGGUCUACCUCAAGUCCCGCCUCAACUGCCUCCUGCUGUCCAGCCGCGCCCUGGAGGACGCCGGGCGGGACACGGGGACGGGGGGGGAGGGGCCGGAGGUGAAGGAGGAGGAGGACGAGGUGUGGGACACGAUGGAGACGGUCUGGGAGAAGCCGAAGAGGAAAACUGGGGAGGAAGAGGAGGAGCCACAGAAGAAGAGUAAAACAGGGGAGGAAGAGGAGGAGCCACAGAAGAAGAGUAAAACAGGGGAGGAAGAGGAGGAGCCACAGAAGAAGAGUAAAACAGGGGAGGAAGAGGAGGAGCCACAGAAGAAGAAUAAAACAGGGGAGGAAGAGGAGGAGCCACAGAAGAAGAGGAAGAAGAAGAGGAAAGCCUGAGGUGUGAUCAGAGACGUUAUGACAUCAUCAGACUGAGACGCGUGGCUUCGUCUCCGUACGUUCAUUAAAACACAGAAGAAGAGCUUAUUAAUAACAAUGAAUGUUUUCUCCGUUUCUUUGCUAAAACUUGUAAAUUGAUAUUUUAUAUAAACUUCAAAAUACAACAGUUAAAUCCUGUUCUGGAGUCAAUGUUUAUUUUCAGUUUGUUAAUAAAGAUUUUGCCAGAGAC